GCCAGAUGGUUCGUCUAAUCAUAUAUCAUCUCUCUUGAAAUGUCAACCAGAUUCCGGUAGUUUCACCGCCCGUACACACCUCCAACCGCCCAAUCUCUAUAUAUAUACCCACAUCACCAAAGUAUGUAGUUCACUUUCAUAUCAACACAACAAACCAGAGAAAGAACAAGAAGAAGAAGAAGAGAGACAAAGAUAGUUCAAAGAUUGACACAUAAUCAAAUCAAAGCAAUCUGUGUGUGGCCAUGGCAGAGGAAUUUCAAGCUGGUGUUUGCGGCACGACAACCUGGUGGAACAUGCCAAGAAGCUCACACGGGUUGUUGUCGCAGUGCUCCGUGGCCAUUAAUAAUGAUGUGGGAAGCUUUGGAUUUGGAUGGGCAAGUGAUGAUGACUUGGUGGACAUGAACAAAGCAAGGUCUGGUGGUGGUACUUCUACUGAUGAGUCUGGUGGUUCAGUUUGUGAUGGGUCGAUUGUGUUCCAAGACAUACUCAAACCUCACGGCGAGCAGCCGCCGCCGGAUUCCGGUGGCAAAGUUUUGAUGGAUUCCACCUUGCAAAUGAUGGGUAUUGGCCUUUCAUCAUCAUCUUCAUCAACAACCACAGAUUGGAACCAAACCCUACUUGGUGAUGGAAGAAGUGAAAGCAAUUAUCAAUCUUCUAUGCUGCAAGAAGACAUGAAUUCAAGGCUGAAUUUCAGGCAAGAAACAAGGAUUGAUUGUCCUCAAAUCCAAAGGGAGUGGAGUAUGAAGAACUUCUCAAUCGCCGGUGGACAAGAUUCAACUAUCAAUGAAUUCAAACCAGCGAAUCAAAGUUUGAAUUCUGAAAUCAGCUCUAGCCAAGGCUUGCCUGCUAGCUUUCCAAUGAGUUCAGCUUCAUUUGGUUACCCAUCAACAUUGUUGCAAACUCUAUUUGAUACUGAUCCUCAACCACAACAAUCUAUAUUCAACAACCGGUCCAUGAAUUAUCCAUCUUCCACAAAUUACGCGACAAAUUUGAAUGAAUUUUCACCUUCUUUGGCGAAAUUGUCUUCCUUGCUAGGCCCUUCACUUCCAAAACAACAACCCAUUAGUCCUUUGAACUCAACAAACAACGUGCCUUUCUGGAACGCCUCCACCGCGGCUCUGAAUGAUUUUCGUUUCUUAGCAUCAACAUUUGAUGAGAAAUCAAGUUGCCCCAACCUCGCAACAAAGCCUAAUAGUGAAGUGGUUCAAGACCCGGCUUCAGUUGUAAAGAAAAGCAGUAGUGAACCAGCUUUCAAAAAACAACGAAUUGAAACACCAUCACCAUUACCAACUUUUAAGGUCCGUAAAGAGAAGCUAGGGGACCGAAUAACUGCCCUCCAACAAUUGGUUUCACCUUUUGGAAAGACAGAUACUGCAUCAGUUCUCCAAGAAGCUAUUGAGUACAUUAAAUUCCUCCAUGAACAAGUCGGUGUUUUAAGAACUCCAUAUAUGAAAAAUGGAGCUCCCAUUCAACACCAAGAGACUUCUGAUAAAUUGAAGGAUUCUGAAGGGCCCAAACAAGACUUAAGAAGCCGAGGACUUUGUCUUGUGCCGAUAUCAAGCACCUAUCCAGUUGCCAAUGAGACAACAACUGAAUUCUGGACACCAACAUUUGGAGGAACAUUCAGGAGAUAGAGGAAGUUGGGGACAGAAUAUCUCAUGCCAGUAUUGUGUUGUUGUAAUAACUAAUAUAUUUGUUGUGAGCUAAAUUUAGCUGAAUUUUAGAUUAGUUCAGAGCUUAAUUUGUUGUUAGUUGAGCUAAAUUUAGCAGAUUGAAUUAAGGGACUGUUUCUUUAUGUAUUGUUGGGUUAGUUUGGUACCAGUUUUUUUGUUUAAGAGAAAGAGAAAAGAGGAAAAGAAGAAGUAACAAAGAGAGAUUAUUAUUUUAAAUUUAAGAAGAGGAAUGAGUGGGUGUGAGUGUGUGGCGCACAUUUGAUUGGGUCUCUAACUUUUGUAUUUUGAUUUAUUUAUUUGUUUAGAAUGUGGUAGUGGAAGUCAGAGGGCAGCCCACCAUUGUUCCUACUUUUCUAGGGUUUCUUAUAAUCUGAAAUGCAAGAUAGGGUUUUUGUGUGCUUGAGAGUGUGAGCAUGUGGGAACCCAUCAAGCUUUGUAUUGUUCUUUU